AUGGUCCGUUUAACCUCUUGGGUUGUGUUCCUCAUUCUCCUGGUGACAAUUGGCUGUACUGAGACAGCUGAAAGGAACGAAUCUCGUCUCAAAAUCAACAGCAAUGUCGUCGAUCUGGAGCUGUUACUCUCACAACUGUCCAAGCCCGACGCAAUACAAGACCCGCCUUCUGGCCAGAUGCUCAUCUUACAGAAUCAGUUACCUGUCAAGACCAACGAGAACGCGUCUACUCCAGAUAAACCGAACGCAAAGAGGGUGCUGCGCCUGGCCGUGUUCUCCGACGAUGCUCUCAUGACCCACCUCGCCGACCUUUACCCUGAAGACCCGCUCACCGCCACCGAGAAGUACAUCACCACGGGCGUCUUGGCAAUCGAGGAGCUCAUCCAACAGGCCGUGGGUGAGGGCGUGGACUUCAAGAUAAAGCUGGUGCAGGUGGGCGUGUGGGCUGAGAAAGGGGCGACGCCCUUCAACACCAACGGCCUUUCAUCCAGUAACUUGCUGAACUUCUGCGAGUGGGCGAGUGAGAGGAAACCUGGGCGCGGCGAUCCCGGCUACUGGCAUCACGCCUUGAUGUUGACAGGGAAGGAGCUGUUCGAGACGACGAAGGAUUCUUUGGGCGUGACCUUCGUGGGCGGCAUGUGCCACCCUCAGACGUCCUGCUCCAUGGUCGAGGCCAACUCCUUCAAGGCCGUGCAAGUGGCCGCCCACGAACUGGCGCACUCCAUGGGCGUCCCGCACGACGGCGAGGGGGCGGCCGCCCGCUGCCCUGGCGAGGGCUUCAUCAUGGGCCAGUCGCUCUCCGAAGAGACCUUCGCCUGGUCCAACUGCUCGCGGGACGCCAUCAGCGCCUUCCUCAGGAAUGAUACGUGCUUGGAGAGAGAGGAGGACAGUAAAGGCUAUCGAGGACUAGAUCACACCCAGGGAGGACUUCCCGGCCAAAGGUACACGGCGGACGAACAGUGUGCAUUGGCACUCGGCGCGAGCUACAGGGCCACUCCGUCCAAGAGGAGUAUAUGUGAGUACCUCAUGUGUACCAACGGCGUGACGACCCGCGGCGUACACCCAGCGCUCCCCGGCACCUCCUGUGGGAACAACCGUGUCUGCAUCGCCGGCAAAUGCGGGGCAGGAGGUGGCGGAACACGACCGCCCAGUCAACCCAACCCACCCAGUAACCCCGAUAAACCUACCUGGCCUCCUAGCAACCCUGACAGACCUCCUACCUGGCCUCCUAGUAAUCCUUACAAGCCUCCUAACAAACCAACCCGGCCUCCUAGCAACCCCAACAGGCCUCCUAGCAACCCCAACAGGCCUCCUAGCAACCCCAACAGGCCUCCUAACAGACCUAACAGACCCAGCAGACCCACUAACAAACCCAUCCCGUUCAGCAGUGUUGAAGUAACAGAUGGAGUCAUCACGGAGAAAGAAAAAUUCCCACUGGCAACUAUCCCUAGUGAGCUGGGGAACAUACCUAUGCCUUACCGCUGUCACUUUAUGCCUCCUUUCCUCCACCGUUAUAUCGGAUGCGACAAUUAUCCCAACCGCAACCCGGCCUCGCCCCACACCACUGGACAAUUUCCUGGAUAUUUGGGCCCCACUGCUGAAGUCUACGGACACUUUUUGGUUGAUGGAGAAAGCGAGAUGCCGUCCGUUCCUGGUGAACAACUGCAAGAUUCUCCGGUUAGUGGAGAAAUUCGCAAUCCUACUUUGACUGAAAUUCUUCCCCCCGAUGAAGAAAUGAAAAAUUCAUCCAUACCUGAUUCUGCUAUCACUGGAGAACUACAGCAGAGCUUGACCUUCAUCGAAGUUGAAAAUUCCACGCAUGCUAGUCAAGGUCAGGAACUACUCAUCUCCAUUCAAGAUCUCCAAAAUGUCUCUACCAUCAUGAAUGAAGUCGGAGGCAACCAGGAUUCCAUACAUCAAGUACAGCCGUCCUCUUCAUCCGCACAGCAAGUCCAAGAGGUUAUUGCUACCACAUACCAAGAGAAACCGACCUCCGCUACUAUACAGGACGUCACUGAGUCCCCUAUCAGUCCACACAACAUCACAAAGUCCCCUGUCACUGCAUAUGAAGGCACUGAUUAUUCUGUUUCUACACAUGCGACAAAUGUGUCUCUGACGUCCGCCGAGCAAUUGGUCCCAACUGUCAACGUAGAAGACAUUUACCCACUCACAACGGAAAAGGUUACAAAUACAGCGAUUCCAGUUCAAGGUAUGGAAUAUUCCCUUAUAUAUAAUGUCACUACAGAACAAGUAAGUACAGCUGAACCGGCCGCUAUGGAGCAGCAACAAGCCAUUACACAGUCAACUUCCAUAGAAGAAGGAACCCCUACUGAACAAUCGUCUACAGAACCAACCUCUACAAAACUACCUGUUAGUGAACAAAUGUCCACAGAAAAAUCCGGUGCAGCACAGAGUACCACAGAACAGCCUUUUACAAAACUAACGACUACAGAGCAACUUGUCGAAGAACUAACACCUGCAUAUCAAACUGCUACAAAACAACCUGCUUUUGAGCAAAAUACUGAAGAACCUGAUACAAAACUGAUUACUACAAAGCAACCUGCUACAGAACAACUUGGUACUGAACAAACCAUUAUAGAACAACCUCAUACAGAGAAGAUUACAAUAGAGGAAAUCACUACUGAACAACCUACAGCAGAAACAACCACAGUGGAACAAAUCACUACCGAGGAGGGGGCAAAAGGACAACCUACCACUGAGCAAAAUACAACCGAAAAAUCUUUAAGCGAAGAAAUCGCCACGGAAAAAUCUACUAACGGUCAGCCUACUACUACUGAAUCAAGUACCACUGAAGGCAUCCCAGCAGAGCGACCCGUCCAGCAGGAAGAACCUCCCGUAGUGCCGAUCACUGCAACACACACGUUUUCUGAACAGACCUUUACAAAACCUGUCCAAAAUCCUGAGGGAGACCACAGCGCCACAGAGAACUCGGAGGAAGAACAGGGCAAUACCAUUUUUUCAGUAGAAGAUUUCAACGUAGCCGGAUCUGGUCUUCACUUCUCCAUCCCAUCACACUUGCUGCACAGUUUCUUGGCUCCUGUGCUCAUGGGAUCCCUGGCGAAGGACGCGUCAAUGCCCAAAGGACCGCUGAAGGAUAAACAUCGCUUCAAGGAAAACUUCGGUCGCCAACAUGAUGAGUUUGCAAGGUUCGCCAGUCUCCGGGAGGGGCAUCAUCAGAAGCCUGUAGUAGCUGCCACUGCCCCAACCCACACACGCGCCAUACGCAUUGGCCCCUGUUCCCGCACUUGUGGAGGCGGCACACGUUCAGUCACCCAGGUGUGUGUUAAAAUGGGCGCUCCAGAAAUCAAAGUUUCGGAAGACUUGUGUGACGGCCUUCCUUACUCCUUCUCGCCCUUCAACCAGUCCUGCAACACGUUCCCUUGCUCGAUCCCCAAGUGGGUAGUGGGUCCGUGGAGUGCGUGUUCUGACUGGUGCGGUCUGGGCAUCCAGCGUCGACUUGUGGCGUGCGGUCUUCCCCUGGUUGCAGGAGCGUCGCCCUUGACUGCGGGUCGCUUCAUGACGCCGGCCCGGUGCGCAGAGGCCCAGCCGACGGAGGUCAGGCUGUGCAAGGGGCCCUGCGUGGAAGUGGACUGCACUGUACCUGAAAAUGUCCUACACCCUGCCUGUCGUCAUCUUCUUAAGGACACGCCCCUGGAGAGAGACCACGCCCGCCAUAGCUCCCUAGGAUGAGAAACCGUAAAUGAGUUAAACUGAUAUAAAGAAUAUGACUCAUUUACUGUUUAAAACGGUGCACUACA